AUGUGCCACUACACCUCUCCCCAUCCAAACUUCUCGUUCAUUUCAGUUAGGCCUAAAUUUACUACGUUUUUACAAGGUCUUGGCUGUACUCAAGAAUGUUCAGGACAUGGAAAAUGUAAAAAGGAAUCUUGUUUAUGUGAUGAACUUAGUGGAUGGCGAGGAUCUUUGUGUGAAGUACCAGGAUGCCCAGGGAUAAAAGAGGAUUGUAGUGGACAUGGCAGCUGCAAUAGUGCUGACAAGAAAUGUAUAUGUGAUCCAGGUUAGUGGUCUAUUGGUCUUGGUUUUAAAACGCUCUUAGUAAUCAAGAUAGCAACCUAAUCUCUAAGGAGAGCAUACGCAAUAUCUGAAUAUAAAGUAUGUUCCAUUUACCAUCAAGAUAUAUACUUUAUUGAUAUUUAUGUUCUAGCAGUAUUUCUUUUAUUUCUUCAGGUUGGACAGGCAUUGGAUGUCAUGUGCCUGACUGUCCUGGAACUCCUAACUGUUUUGGUCGUGGAUUCUGCAACAGUACUGAUCGUGAAACUCCGGGAUGCACUGACUGUUCCAUGGGAUGGAUGGGUCCUGCAUGUAAUGACCCUUGCUUACAUGGGCGACCUGUGGACGACAUCUGUGAUUGCGACACAUGUUACACAGGUAAUGGAUGCCAGCUGGAAUGUUCUGGUCGGGGUUCUUGCGUAAAAGGAGAAUGUGUAUGCCAUUCAAAUAACGAAGUAGGAUGGCAAGGGAUCAACUGUGAACUUGAUGGAUGUCCAGGAGUAGAUGGGAACUGUAAUGGUAAUGGUCUGUGUAAUACUAAUACCCGACAAUGCGAGUGUGAUCCGUUGUGGACUGGACCCGACUGUGACAUAGCUAAUUGUGCAGGAGACCCACCUUGUUCAGGUCAUGGUAGCUGUGAUGCGGCCUCAUUCCCACGCCGGUGUAACUGUGAUAGAGACUGGGCAGGGGAGGCUUGUGAUGUUCCUUGUGUCCACGGAAUAAAUUAUGGCAAUGCUUCGGGAUGUAUCUGUGACGCGUGUUACCAUGGUAUCGGAUGCCAAAUGUUAUGUUCUGGACAUGGCCGUUGUGAGCAUGGGCAGUGUGUAUGUAAUGCAAGCCUUGGAUAUAAAGGGGUAGUGUGUGAUGUACCGGGAUGUCCUGGAUGGCCGGAGGAUUGCAGUGGCCAUGGUACAUGUAACCUUGCAACAAAGCAAUGUUCAUGUGACCCAGGAUGGCUUGGACCAUCAUGCAGCUGGACUGACUGUCCUGGAACUCCAGACUGUAACGACAAUGGAAUCUGUGUUCCCCCACGAGGUUAGAAAUCCCUUUUUCAAAAUUAGAAUAACCUUCGAAAAGGUUGUAUAGAAAUUUAGUCAAGUUAAUAGAGCAAGUGUGUUAGCCAAUAGGAAUGUGCUCUUUUAAGAAGAUGGAAUUUUCUGAAAGUUACAAAGCUUAAAGGGUGAUGAGAUCCAGCAACCAAAGUGUUCCUGAACGGUGGUUAACAGUUCGAAAGAACUAAAUAUUAUUGGUAUUUGACAUUUCUAAAUAAACACUUGUUGCACAUAAUAAGGACAACACAAUAGUCCCAUCAGGUUGACCAGAAAUUCAUCUGCUUCGCAGGAUAAGAACAGCUGAUUUUUCACAAAAGAAAUUCCGUGUUAGGGACGUACCUAAUUUUGUUUCGGCCUAUCUAAAAGUUCUUUCUUGCGGUCAUUACCCAUUUAUUUCAAUUGUAACUUUUAUAAAUGUCAUAUUUUUAUGAAGAUUAAAUAUUAAAGUGGUGUUAUUAUUGUUUCAGAAAAUAGUGUAAAUGCUCAAGGUACAUGUAACUGUUCCGAAGGCUGGAUGGGCAAUGCGUGUCAACAUCGUUGUAUCUAUGGCAACCCCUCUGACGAUUAUAUCUGUGAAUGUGAACCUUGUUACAAUGGUGUGGAUUGUUCAACACUUUGCUCAAACAAGAGCAGUCUCUGUGUCAAGGGCGAGUGUGAUUGUGGAUUUGAGGGAUGGCGAGGAGAAUUUUGUGAGAGAAGAGGAUGUCCAGGUGUAGAUAAGGAUUGUUCGGGACAUGGCACAUGUUUCGCGGACUCACAGACGUGUACAUGUGAUUCUGGCUGGACUGGUGAGUGGUAUAUUGUACUUAGUGUUAGUUAUCAAUUUUAUCACACCAUACAUAUGAAAAAAAACAUAAAAAUAUUAUAUUUUACAGUUGCUUUUUUUCAAAAAAAUUGUUUGGGCAGACUGGCCGGAAAACAUCCAAGGAAGUUGCUAAUUAGAUUUUAUUUCCACAACAAAGUUUCCAAAGUUUCUACUUUUCUGGUUAAACUACAACACAUUCGACGAAACAUUAGAUAUCAAGUGCUCUCGCAACAACGUUCCCAGUUUUUGCAGGGCUUAAUGUGUGAUAACAUCCACAUGUUUCGCGCAAGAUUUACAUCUCUCCCAGCCCCUUCCCUAACCCUAUUGAUAUAUCCUAAUUUGUGGACCUUUUGUUAUAUCUCCAAAUCAGGUCUCGGAUGUCAAAACUCAAAUUGUCCUGGGGACCCAGAUUGUAAUGGAAAAGGCCGAUGCGUGAUUGAUAAUACCGUUGGUCCAAUAUGCGUCGACUGUGAAAAAGGUUGGAUAGGUCGAGCCUGCGAGAUUCGUUGUCAGCAUGGCUUCGCAUCAGAAGAAGUCCCGGAUGUAUGUACAUGUGAUUCUUGUUAUACAGGGUUUAAUUGCGACCAGUUGUGUUCAGGACGAGUGAACACUACAUGUCUGGAUAAAAAGUGUGUUUGUGGAUUUGAAGGAUGGAGAGGGGAUCUUUGUGAUGUACCUGGUAAGUGAUCAGUGGCAGGGCUUGAAUUUUAUCGCGGCAAUUGCCGUAGAGGGGGAACAAAAUGCCGUGGAUUAUUGCGGCAACGACGGCAAUUUUUUGCUGUAUAGUGUAAUUUUUAUACUAUUCACUGUGCAUUACUAUUUUGAUACUUGAAUUCAGAUGUUGAUCAAAUCAUGCGUAAACUACUAUUUUAGUCUCAGUUUUCUUCGAAAAAAAAACACUAAAGAAAUACGUGAACAUGUUUCUAGCUUGUCAGCAAUCCAAAGUAACAAUAAAAUUAAAUUUUUAUUACAG